AUGACGGCGGAUUGGUUGAACAGCAUCGGCGCCAAGUACAGGGUGGACCCGGAAUAUUUCUGUCGACAUCUUGAUUUCAGACCUCCAUGUGAAAACUCCAACAAUUUCUCAAUACCAGCUCUUCCCUCGUCUUCUUGGCAUUUGAUACAGCUCCCAAUUCUCACGAUCGGGGUCAAAGACAGCGCGAAGGGGUCCAUAGACUUCGAUGCCAUAGAAACCCUUCGUAAGAAGGGCAGAGAAGCUUUAUCAGACCACCAUCACCGCAUUACGCGUCUAUCCUCAUCAGGUAUGACUAUAGGCGACUCGAUGGUCCGAGACUAUCUCCUGUUUGACAACACACACUUCGCCAUCGAACAAAGAAUUUCUAUCUGUAUGCAGCAGACGGGGCCAACGUUCCAAUGUAAUUUCCCCAUUCCACUGUGCUUGAAACCCCGUGACGAAAUACUGAUGAUCAUUAUUUUGGUAGUAUUUGUAUGGAUAGACAGCGGGAAAGAAUUUCCCAAAGAUUCCACCAUGCCUGGGGCCCCAGGAGCGGAAACACGUCUUCUUCCGGUGAUUCGACAUAUGCCCAUGGUUGCCCUCAAAAGUCAUCUAUUCGCCGACUUUUCGAAUGACGACAGACCAGGAGAUCCACGCCAGUCACAAAGCGCAUCACUUCUACAUGUUGAUUACGGUCGCUCACUGCGACCAUCACUCAUGGCCACGGAUGCCUUUUAUGCUCUCAAUGAGAUAUUUUCUUUCGCGGCCUCGUCCGAAAUGCACUUUCUCAACCUCAUCGAUACCAAGUUGGACCAGUAUACCGAAUCUACCGAAAAUGAGUUCGGGAGCUUGCCAAGCCUGAAAUAUACCAAAGAAAUCCUCUACCGUCACAUUCAAAAGACCCAGCAAACCCUCGACAGUAUCCGCAACGCGAAACAUCACAAGUGGCCCAAGGCCGGCACGAAAGGACGCGGCAAAACGAAAAUUGCGGCGGAUGCAAUCGAACAGGAUUUUAUCCACCUUCUCGGACGAGCGGAAAUGAUGCAUAAGCGUUGCAAUGAAGCGAUUGUCGUUUUGAUGAGUAGCGUCUCAAUUUCCGAAUCGAAGAAGGCUAUCGGUCAAGCUUCCCGGGUAACUCGACUAACCUUUUUAGCUUUCUUGUUUGUGCCUUUAUCGUUCACUACUUCUUUCUUUGGAAUGAACGUUACAGAGCUAGCCAACAAUCGCCUUUCGAUUUUUUGGUGGGCGGUGGUAUCCAUUCCUUUGUCAAUUCUGACUAUUUUAUUGUUCUAUUGGGAUGUCACUUGGCUUUUCAAGACAGGUCGGAAAAGAUUGAAGCAGUCGCGAGACUAA